CAGGUGAUAAUAACAAGACUAUAUUUUAGCACACUUUAUUUAAGCUACUCAGAAAUUGCUUAAAAAUGGACGAUAAAUAUGAAACGGUGAAGCUAUGUUACACAAUACACAAAUACUCGAGCCAUUCGGCCAAUUAUAUACCAGAAAAUAUAAUGGUGAACAACUCAUCGGAUCAACUCUCGAGAUGGUUUACGGACAGCAACACGCCCUCACAGUAUAUAAUGCUGAAAAUAAAAGCGCCUGCUAUAGUGGAAACUAUCAAAUUCGGGAAAUACAUUAAAGCUCACGUCAGUGACCUGAAGAAAUUCCAAAUAUUAGGAGGCACGGAUGAACACAACUUGUCUGUGUUGUUAUCGGCAGGGCUCAAAAAAGACAGUGCGCCAGAGGUGUUCAGGCUCCGGCACAGAACCACAGAAGGCCUGUACUUGCCAGUGCAGUACCUGAAGAUAGUGCCGCUGCAGUCUUGGGGUCCGGCAUACAACUAUACCAUCUGGUAUGUGGAGCUGCAGGGGAAGACACAUGAAGAUCUGAUGGCUAGUGUGCUGGAUACUAUUAAUUUGCGCAAAGAGGAAGAAGCAGUCCGAAUGCUCCUAAAACACUUACGGCGUCGUCGCUACAAGGACGCAUUCGAGGCGCUAUCGCGCGAGAGCGGCGUGCGGCUCGAGGGCGAGUUGCAAGCGCGCCUAUGGCACGCCCUCGUCGAGAACGGGGACUACAAGCUCGCGGAGGACAUCUUGGAUGAGGCAGUCACUGAAGGCGAAUUCGACUGGUACAUGUCGUGGCAGCCGUACACGCCGGUGUGGCGCGAGAUGUCAGGCUGCUCCGUGCAGGUGGAAGACCGCUUAUGCUGCGACACGCCGCCCCCGCAGCGCUCCAACGAGCUGUCGUGCGCCGACCGCGAGCCAAGACCGCUCGACGCGGAGGUGCCCGUGAACGGUGAAUCAUCAGAAUGCGAUACCGCCUGCUGUACCAAACCCGGUCCGCGCGGCGGUCACCAGCUAGUAGUGGACUCUACUACUGGCACACUGUACCUCUUCGGCGGCUGGAACGGGACGGAAGACCUGGACGACUUGUGGUCAUAUGACACGGAGACGGAGCGCUGGGCGCUCCUCUGCCGGCACAGCGGGCUCGAGAGCGGGCCCUCGCCACGCUCGUGCCACAAAAUGGUGUUCGACCCCGUGCACAGAAGAUUAUACACACUGGGGCGGUAUCUGGACAACGCUCAGCGAGUACCCAGCAAUAUGAACAGCGACUUAUACAUGUACGACGUGCCCACCAGCCAGUGGUCGCUAGUAAUGGCCGACACAGCAGCAGCGGGCGGGCCUCGGCUCGUGUUCGACCAUCAGAUGUGUAUCGACAGCGACACGCGCACCGUCUACGUGUUCGGGGGCCGGGUGCUGCCACACAACACAGAGGAAGCUGCAACACCACAAUACUCCGGCCUGUACGCGUACUACUUAAACACGAACACCUGGCAGCUGUUACUCGCUGACAGGCACUCGCUGCCCGCGCCGCAGUCGCGCGUGUCGCACUCCAUGCUGUUCCACCCGGUACAACGGAAACUAUACAUCUUCGCAGGGCAGCGCAACAAGGAACACCUGUUAGACCUGUGGUGGUGGGACGUGGGCACGGGCACGUGCGGAGCGCUCUGCAGCGGCGCCGCCGCCUGCCCGCCGCCCGCCGCCGGCUUCACGCAGCGCGCCACGCUCGACCCCGACACCGACGAGCUGUUCGUGCUGUCGGGCAUGAGUAAAGAGAAAGACAAGCGCGUCUACAACACAUUAUGGGUAUUUUCACUACGACGUCUGACCUGGACGUGCGUGUACCGGAACGACAGUAUAGCACCGCACGAGCCCCGACCACGCUUCGCCCACCAGCUGGUCUACGACCCCGUGCGGAAGAUACACUACUUAUUCGGCGGCAACCCCGGCAACCAGAACAGCUUGCGCCUCCGCCUCGACGACCUCUGGGCCCUCCAGUUAAAACGGGCCUCCAUAGAUAAAGUCUCCAGAGAAGCCAAACUCGUAUUGAGAGAAGCCUGCUUUAGAGAGCUGGCAGCGACGCCUGGAAGAGACACCAUGGCGCUAAAGUAUCUGAGGAAAGAGCUACACGAUGUAUUGGAUCAUAAUAAUCCUGAGGAGGUGGACCGUUUCCACGCGCUAGCGACCGUGCUGUUCGCGGGCGGCGCUGUGGCGCGCGGCGCCGUGGCGCUGACGCCGCGCCGCGUGCGCACGCUGGCGCGCCGCCGCGCCGCCCACGCCGCGCCGCCGGACCUCGCGCACGCGCUGCACGCGGUGCUAGGUGCCGACGACGCGAUCCCCGAGCCCCCGACCCCGUACGAGGACGUGUCGCCGGAGGCGCCCGACACGUGGGACGUCGGCGAGGACGACGCCGACAGCGGCGCCGACGACGCGGGCUGGGCGGCGCGACACGCGCGAGUGCUGCUCUAUGAUAACCUGUGCAGAUACUUCCGGCCGAGCAAGGUGCCGCCACACCAGGAUAUAGCGGACCUGGUGGCGCUGUGAGACGCGGUUGGCUGGACGCAGGCGCAGGCUGUGCAUGGAUAUUAGGACACACUUCGAGCGUGCUCACCUCACACUUCAUACUUAUACAUGUAGAGUUAUCUGUACUGUGUAAUGUGAUGUUAACAUGGGAUAUCUAAUAUCGAAAACUUGUGACAAUCUUGUAUUGGGAACUAAAUUAUCCGUUUCCAAUAUGGAAACUUUAAUUAUUUCUUGUGAUAUUUCCGAGAACUUUUUAACUAGGAAACUUUUUGUAAUUUGCAUAUCUGUAGUUAUCUGCAACUAAUAAUACUUACGUACCGUAAUGCGCAACAUGUUUUAUACCACGUUAGUGGCAAGCGCAGAACGCAGGAACGCUACGGCACGCCUGAACGUAAGCCGCUUUCAUAUAGACGCUGGCAUAUAAGGGGUGCCAGUAAUAAUACCUAUACUCACAAUGUAUACUCAAGGUAACAUAUAUAUAAAUGUUGUACCUUUUUUCAUUAGAUUAAGGUUGAGAACUGUAUACUUAUUUAUGAUAUUCACUGGAUGAUUGCUUUGAGGUUAAAAUUGUGAUUAACAACUAAGAUGUGCAUUUAACGAGUCAUUUAUCGCAUAUGCGGCGGCAAAAAAAAAUGAGUUAUGAAAAAUUAUUAAAAUUUGAAUGCAGUGUCAAAAUGAUUACCAAUAAAUAAUGAAUUUUGACUUCUAUAUUUAAAAUUCAAAUAAAUAAAAUCACAAAAUCCAUACUAGUAUUAUAAAUGCGAAAGUCUGUCUGUCUGUGUGUUACCUCUUCACGCUUAAACCGCUGGACCGAUUUAGUUGAAACUUGGUAUAGAGAUAGUUUGAGUCCCGGGGAAGUACAUAGGGUAGUUUUUAUCCCAGAAAUCAUCCUUUAAGGGGGUGAAAAGAGGGAUGGAAGUUUGUAUGGGGAAUCGAUAAAAUGCAGAUUGGAUAAAAAAAUUACUUACUCCACACAGGCGAAUUCGCGGUCAAAAGCUAGUAAUCAAUAUAAAAACAAAAAACUAGACGAGGCCUCCAUACAAGAAACAUAUUUAUCUUGAUUAUUUUUGUAUCUUGUAAGGAUCGAACAUAGCACUACCUCGUUUUUUUGCAUUAGAAAAAGGUUAAACAAUCUUGACGUGUAUUUUUAUUAAAAAUAGUACACUAGAAAAACAAUCUUUUGGAUUCACAAGUAAUAGUUACUAUUAUUUUAAAGCGUUUAUCGAUAAAAAGACUCGUCAAGAUUCUUUACCCUUUUUCUAAUGCUAAAAAGAACGAGGUAUAGCGAAUUUGGCUUUGUCGGGUUGUGAAACUCCACUAACACAUAAGUUUUAAUGUGUUUAUUAUGUUACUGCAUCUAUAGAUGCGAGAUCACAUACAUUAGAGAGGCGAUAAGUUUUGCUAUAUUGCCACAAAUUGUGAAGAUAUUUGAGCUUUUUGGUGUAAAAAAUAUUAACUAUUUAUUGCUUGCAAGACGCGUGUAAAAACGGUGUCCUAGGUGCUGGAACGGAGAAUAAUAGGUUAUAUAAAAAAAAAAUACAAUAAUCUUUGUGGCUUUGUGCCUAUCUCAACCAAAAGGGUACUUUAAUGUCGAUUGUCAAUAAGACGCUCACAAGACAGCGACAAUGUGGUACCUUUUGGUUGAAAACGUCACAUUUGGUUUACUAGUUUGUAAGGUAGUUGACUGGUAGUGUUUUUGAUACUUUCUUCAUAUAAACUAUAUUAGUCAUUCGGUUUAAUGAGUUUUUCGUUCCAAUAAAAUAAAAUAAAACACCAAUGCAAUAAAAAGGAAGAGCUUUGUAUAAAAACGAAGGAAGGUAAUAAAAAUUUUAAUUUGUAAUAUUGUAUGUCUUUCCGGCUCGAUGUAAUGAGUUUCGGUUUGACUUGUAACCAUGUAUUUUUUUUGAUUAAGUUUAUACAAAGAGCUAUUGAUUGUAGAAGAGGUGUAAACUCUAAGAACUAUUAUUGGCUCUGUGAGCUGUAGAUCUCGCUAACGCCAAUGUCUCGAGUUGUCAAAAGUUCUCGAGAAUCGGUUGAGAAAAGCGACCUGUAGAGGAAAAAAGAAAGCAUUAAUGCUUUAACUGAAACGAGACCUUCUCGUCGCUCGGCCAAAUAAUCAUGCGCUCUAGUAUGGCAGCUGAAAUUGACAUCGGGGUGGGGGUGUACAGCGUAACAUGUUUUAUGGUCACUCGAUUGUCAAACGUCAACUUUUGGCAACCAACCACUAAAUAAUGUGGCGCCGUAUAGCGCCAUCUCCAUCAGCUGACAAAUACGAAGCACGAAUUCUUAGACGUUAUUUAUUUUUACCUUUAUUGCACAUAACAAGAGUAAAACAGGCGAACCUAAUGCCUCUAGGCAUUCUCUACCAGUCAACCAUAGGGCCAAACAAAAACACACUUUACACAUGUUAUACAAUCAAUGAAUCUUUCGUUUAUAUUAUCCUAACAUGCUAUUUAUUUAUUUUGUGCGUUGAAUUAAAACGAAUUGGAUAGCUAUUAUUUUUUAAUGUAUUGCAUUGUAAUUUUGUACCGCCUAAAUUUUAGUCAAAAUAAAAUUGUAACCCUUAUUUAACCUUAGAUAUAAAGAUUGUAAAUAUUAGGUAUUUAAAAUUGUUAUUUUCUUUAAAAAACACGUAAAUAUUUACAUUACAUUUAUAACAUUAAUAUUUUAUCGUAUAGGGUACCAUAACAUCAGCUAACCGUUGGUGAAAAAUAGUUGGCCCAUGUUACCCUAUCCAGUGGGACUUUGUUAGCUUAUGAGUUAAAAUUGGUUACCAACACUUUCACUUCGUAUAGCCGGCCAUAUAACUACGGACUAUAGGGACGGAUGCGGCGUUCUGUAUCCUACCGUUGACACGGAUAGCUACAAUAGAUUUUUUACAGAUAGUACCAUAGCCUAAUUUCACAAUUUUGUUUUGUGUUACAUUUAUAGUGUUUUAUUACGGGGAGAAUAAAAAAUCCAUGCGGUAAAGGGUUAAACAUCGAAAAAAAAUCCUUUUCCCCUGGCGUAAAGACUUUUUGUAUUAUUUACGUUUUUACGAAGAUACAACUUUCGGAUUAGCCUUUCUUUUUUAGAGUUCCGUACCCAAAGGGUAAAAACGGGACCCUAUUACUAAGACUCCACUGUCCGUCUGUCACCAGGCUGUAUCUCAUGAACCGUGAUAUCUAGACGGUUGAAAUUUUCACAGAUGAUGUAUUUCUGUUGCCGCUAUAACAACAAAUACUAAAAAGUACGGGACCCUCGGUGGGCGAUUUGGACUUGUCCGUUUUUUUAAAUCAAACUGGUGAAGAAUAGAAGUAAUUUGCAUUAAUAAACACAUUUUAGGUUUCUUCAAUACCCCCUGUAUUGAAAAACGUCGAGUCCCCGGCAAGGUCGGCCAAAAGUUUUAUUACAAUCCAACACGUAGUUUUAAAAUGAGAGCGAAACUACGUUUGUACGGAGAACCGAGCUUGCCGGAGACCCUUAAUCUACAGCUGAACCAGUGAGCAGUUUGAAAUACCUACUACGUACAUAAAAAAGAUUUUUUAAAGGUUAGUAGAACAUGACAUGUGUAUGUUUAACUUGUAAAUAUACAAUUAAAUUGUGUAAUUUUUACAAACUGUGGGUCUAUUAAGACGUAAGGGGAGGGCCGGGAGCAUUUAAAAAAUUUGUAUGAAAUCUGUUUUUCGCUCCUAACUUUUACAAUAAUCAAAAAAUCGAAAAAGUAGGGGCAUAGCUAUGGUUAAUAUACAUAAUUUUAUGUAACAUAUUUUCCAUAAUGUCAGUAUCCAGAGAGGAUAAUGGGGACUACGUUUGUAUGGAGGCCGUCCACUUUCCUCUUAAUGUAUACCUAUAGACACAUUAGGUACCUUAAUUCUCGGUUAGGGUAACGCUACAAGAUUUGGUAGCAGUCACAACUGUAAUGUACACUUGACUACCUAAAUAAACUAUCCAAU